GCACAAACCAUGAAUUACGUUGGGCAGUUAGCAGGCCAAGUAUUUUUUACUGUGAAAGAGCUCUACAAGGGAUUAAAUCCUGCCACGCUAUCUGGAUGUAUUGAUAUAAUUGUUGUACAUCAGCCAGAUGGAAGUCUUCAGUGUUCCCCUUUCCACGUGCGCUUUGGGAAAAUGGGGGUUCUGCGUUCUAGAGAGAAAGUGGUUGACAUAGAAAUUAAUGGUGAACCUGUAGAUUUGCACAUGAAACUAGGAGACAAUGGAGAGGCAUUUUUUGUACAGGAAAUGGACAAUGAUCAGGAGGUAAUUCCUUACCACCUUGCUACCUCCCCCAUUCUGUCAGAGGGAGCUGCUCUGAUGGAAUCACAGCUGAAGAGGAACUUAAUGGACAGGGUGAGGAACCUGGAGUCCACUGGAUCCUCACAGGUAUCAAUCCCCGGUCUUGCUUCCCAGUCUGCUAUAGAAAGCGCCUCGAUUUGUGUCUCUGUGAAGAAAAGAAGGAAGAGGAGGAGGAAAUCUACCCAUAAACUUGACAGUUUAAAAAGAGAAGAGCAUGGAGACACAUCAGAAGAUGAAGAAAUGUUUUCUAUACAGAUUAGUUCAGAGGAAGAGAAUGAGCCCGUGGACAGUAUGAGGAUAUCUGUUACGGAUGAGUUUAGUGAAGAAGUGUCUGAAAUAAAUGCUUCUGGAAUCAGUAUGCUUUCACAGUCUGCACCAUACGCCCAUUCAGAUGGAGAGUGGUCACACCUUCAGAGUAAGCCUAUAGAUUGCACAGGGCCAUCCUCUCAUCUCACUGUUCCAGCAGAUGGAGGCCUAUCUAGUUCUUGUCCUCAUCAAUCCUCUCACUUCCCUGCUACAGACAGUCCCUCAGGUUCACGCCCUCCCACUCCUAAGAGCGAUUCAGAAUUAGUCAGUAAAUCUUUGGACAGGGGGAUGCAGAAGAAUAACCCACAAAUGCACUGGGCCUGGGGAGAACUACCUCAAGCUGCAAAGUCCACUUCUCUACUCAAGGCAAAGGAAUCCAGCAUGGUGAAUGUAAACCCUUCAGAAAGCACUCAUUUUCGGGUCAUUCAGAGUGAGUCUGCGGAGGAGAUAAGCAGCUUGACUGUUUUACCUGCCAUUGGGCAGGCAGCUGUUGCGGUUUCUGAUGUAAAUGACCCCCAGCCAGCGGCAGCUGAGAUAAAUGAACCAGAGAUAGAGGCUCUAGGAGCAGCUGCACCAUCACUGCCUGCAAAUGAAGAAAUCAAACAAGCUGCAGCUUGCUUAGUCCAGCAAGCAAGCAAAACAGAUUCCCCUUCUAGAAAGAAAGAUAAACGAAGCCGGCAUCUUGGUGCUGAUGGUGUCUAUUUAGAUGACCUCACUGACAUGGAUCCAGAAGUUGCUGCUCUUUAUUUCCCCAAAAACGGUGAUAAUAUUGCACAUGGAAAGAAUGCAAAUGAAAAUGGGCCACGGUCAGCCAAUCAGUCCCCUCACUCUGGUGGAAGUUCAGGUGUUGACAGUGGCGUUGAAGGUGUCUCGGAUGGAAUAAGAGACUUGCCUUCAAUUGCCAUUUCACUCUGUGGAGGUCUUAGUGACAACAAAGAAAUAACAAAAGAUCAGUUCUUAGAACAAGCAGUAACGUAUCAGCAGUUUGUGGACAAUCCUGCUAUCAUUGACGACCCCAACCUUGUGGUUAAGAUUGGAAAUAAGUACUACAACUGGACAACAGCUGCUCCACUUCUACUGGCAAUGCAAGCAUUCCAGAAACCUUUGCCAAAGGCCACUGUGGAAUCUAUUAUGAGGGAUAAGAUGCCCAAGAAAGGCGGAAGAUGGUGGUUUUCAUGGCGAGGGAGGAAUAGCACUAUCAAAGAGGAAACCAAGCCAACGCAAGAUUUGAGUGGGAAUGUGCUUACUACAGAAGAGGAGUCAUCACAAAUGAGCAUUGCAGACAGACUAAAGGAUGAAUCUUCUUCAAGUGAUGAAGACCCGAGAGCUGCAAAACCAAACAUUGGGUCAUUACAAACAAACUCAAGUCAUCUCUCAUUAUUGUCAGGAAUCAGUUACAAAAAGACCCUUCGACUCACUUCUGACCAGCUUAAAAGUCUAAAGCUCAAGAAUGGCCCUAAUGAUGUGAUCUUUAGUGUUACGACACAAUAUCAAGGCACGUGCCGCUGUGAAGGCACCAUCUACUUGUGGAAUUGGGAUGACAAGGUUAUUAUUUCUGACAUCGAUGGAACUAUCACAAGGUCGGAUACUUUAGGCCAUAUUUUGCCCACUCUUGGCAAGGAUUGGACGCACCAAGGGAUUGCAAAGUUGUACCAUAAAGUGAGCCAAAACGGGUACAAAUUUCUGUAUUGCUCGGCACGUGCUAUAGGAAUGGCAGACAUGACCAGAGGAUAUUUGCACUGGGUCAACGAACGAGGAACAGUGCUACCUCAAGGACCUGUGUUGUUAAGUCCAAGCAGCUUGUUCUCAGCCUUUCACAGGGAAGUGAUAGAAAAGAAGCCAGAAAAAUUUAAAGUUCAGUGUCUGACAGACAUCAAACAUUUGUUUCAUCCGAACACAGAACCCUUUUAUGCUGCCUUUGGAAAUAGACCUGCCGAUGUUUAUUCCUACAAGCAAGUGGGGGUCUCUUUAAACAGAAUAUUCACAGUUAAUCCCAAAGGAGAACUUAUACAAGAGCAUGCAAAAACCAACAUCUCAUCUUACGUCAGACUCUGUGAGGUGGUCGAUCACCUGUUUCCUUUGCUGAAAAGAAGCCAUUCUUCAGACUUCCCUUGUUCUGAUACCUACAGUCAGUUCACGUACUGGAGGGAACCACUACCACCUUUUGAAAACCAGGAUAUUCAUCCGUCCUCAUCUUAAAUGCAUCUACAGCCUCUUGUUCAAAGGACUGGUUAUCGUAUAUUUAAAAGACACAGCUUGGUUUUUGCCUUGGAUAGAUCAGCUGGAAUCUGUGCUAUUGUGAGCAUUGUAUUCAUUUUGUUAAAAGCAAAUUUGGAACUGUGUUUCCAUGCUUAAAGUCACAUUUCCAGUAACUAGGCAUGAGAGUGGGGCUUCCAACUUCUCAGCCAACAUGCUCAAAAUGUGCAACAGUCUUAUUAAAAAAGAUCAAUUACAAGUGCAAUGAUACUGCUUUUCAGUCAAAAAUACUAUAAGGUUUCGUUAAAAAAACCCACCAGUGGUUCUCAGCCUUUUCCUCACCAUGUCUGCCAUGAACCAUCUUCCCAUCUAGCCAGAACCCCCUUCCAGUUAGCAGGAUGGGAAGGGCAGGGUUUCAACACCCUGACACGACCUCUGUCAAAUUAAAAAUCUCUCAUUUAAAAGAACAGACAGUAAUCCCCUCCCAAAUAAACAUAGGAUUAUAUAAGAGUUAUUGGGCCAAAACUUUAGCUGGUUUAAAUUGGCUCUUUUUUCCUGGGAAAUAAAUAAUGCACACUGUAAAUUGAAAGUAAGGGAAAUAAAAAUAUUGUAUCUGAUUCUGUCAUCCCUACUCACCUUGAGCAGUAGCUUACUCCAAAGGCAGUCCAUUUGGAUUAAGGUACAGUGUAAGUAUACAAGUGGAAGAAUUCAACUGAAAUCCUGGCCCUGUUGAAGUAAAUAGCAAAACUCCUGUUGUCACCAAUAAGGUCAAGAUUUUACCCAUUGAUUGCACAGAGUUGCAUUUUGCUGGAGCUGACAGCUUCAAGGGAUUUGUCAGAACUGAAAAGUAUUUUGUGAAACAUUUUCUAUGGCUAACGUGAACUUGCUGCUGGUUAAGGAUGCAUCUCAUGAUUUCACCUUGCAGCAUUUUUUCAGUUUUGUGUGCUCUGCAGUACAUCUGGCCAUCUUUGGCAUCAGUGAAAUCUUCCUUUUCACGUUCAGUUCUAUACCUGAAAACGUCUUUUCUCAUUUGCACAGACACUGAUUGUAUGUACUGCUCUGUUAUGUUACUUACUUUUUAAUGCCUUAAAUUUUAACUGUGUGCAUUGGGGUCAAUAUUGCAGAUCAUUUGAGAACAUUUUUCAAAUAAUGUACUGCAGUACUUUGCUUUAAAUUGUAACUUCAACUGGCCAUAUACCAAAUGAUCAAAACAUUUGUGCUUGGAGAUAAAUAGUAAACUGAUUAUCUUUUUUAUUUUUAAAGAUAUUUGGCUGGGUGGUAUGUCCAAAGCAUAAUUGUUUUCUGAAAAUGGCAUCAUGGGAUUCUAUGUUUAGUGUAUUUCAGUUUCUCCCAUAUCAAAAUUGCUCAGUUUAAAAGGAAAGGCUAGACCCUGCUCCUGAUUUAACUCAAUGGAAGUUUUGCCACUGGCAGUGGGAAAUAGAUUGGUGCCCCAGAAUAUCGAUUUUCUAACUGCUGGCCCUGCAUACGCACUUAUUUUGGAUGCUAAAGUCAAGGGGCCAAUUCACAUUGCCCUGCAUCUUGAGUAAUCAUUUACACAAGUGCCCAAAGUCUUUCCUUCUUGUGCAGCAUCACUGGAUCUCUGACCCAGGAGAAGAAUAUUACAGCUGCAUGUAUGCUGUAGUUACGUCAGAAUGAGUGCACAAGGAGGAAAAACACAUUUUGACUUCCAGUUCUUAGGUCAAGUAUGCAGGGCUGGCAGUUUUAAACAAAAACAAAUAUAUAUUUUUUAUUGUAAACUGAACAAAUUUGGUAUUGAGUCCCUGAGAGACUGUCAGUGUGGGCCUCAGGGUGCCAAUUUAAGAGAGUCAUGUCUGUAAGUACAACCAGGCUUUAAUUUAUAUUAUGUGACUCUUGGCUGUAUAAGGCAGGGAUUAGGAGUAGUGAUGUGAUUUUUAUCUCUGUAUAAAGCCUGAGUGAGACCAAUGCUACAAUAUGUCAUACAGGUUUUGAUGACCACAUUUUAAAAAGAUGUUGAAAAAUUGGAGAGGGUUCAGAAAAGAAUUACAAAAAUGAUUCAGGGUCUGGAAAAAAUGCCUGAGAGUGAGAGACUUGAAGAGCUUAGUCUGUUUAGUUUAGCAAAAAGAAGAUUGAGAGGUGAUUUAAUUGAAGCAUAUGAGUACCAUCAGGAGGAGAAAAUGCUGGAUAUUAAAGGGGUCUUUAAUCUAGCAGAGAAAGGAAAACAGGAACCAACAGCAGGAAACUGAAGCCAGACAAAUUCAAAUGGGAAAUAAGGCACAAUUUUUUAACAGUGGGGUGUGGAUUCUCCAUCUCUUGAUAUCUUGAAAUCAAGGCUGAAUGCCUUUCUGAAAGAUAUGUUUUAGCCAAAUACAAGUUACUGGUCUCAAUACAGGGGUGUAAAAUUUAAUGGCCUGUGAUAUACAGGAAGUCAGGGUGGAUGAUCUAAUGACCCCUGCUGGCCUUAAGCUGUAUGAAACUAUGAAAUAUUCUUUGUAGAUAUUAUUUAUUACCUCCUGUCAUUAACUGUUGAAUUACUGGAUGAACAUAUUAGCCAUAGCUUGUCCGUAUUUAUUUUGCUAAUGGCCUCUUGUAGUGCAUUUAUGAUAUAAAAAAUUCCCAGCCACUUGAUAAGAUGCACUCAGUUCAGUUACCCUCCUGCAGUACUUCAGGCCUGGAGUACUUUCAGAGCUGAGCAACUGGAGCUCCCAUUGAUCUGACCCAGAGCGAAACACAUCUGAAAGGCAGGUCCAUAGUGUUUAGUUGCUGAUGUGCCAAUAAGCAGUGAAUCCAGUUUUAAUCACCUUUUAGUAUUGGAAACAAAAUGGCAGUGUAAAUGAGUAGCUGAUUUGAACCAUUUCAGUUUGAAGACCCUAUUACACUAUGGGACACUGUGCUCUGUUGAAGUUUGACUGUAGCUGUAUAAACACACACAGUUGCAUUUCACUCUUAGCUAAUAUUUAUUAAAUUGGCUCAUGGGGAGAACAGUUUGGAAAAUCAAAAGCUUGUUCUGUUAGCAACAAAAGAUUUUGCUUCAUUUUAAAAUAUUUUUUUAAGUACACUAUAUUUGGCUUUGACGGUCAGGCAGUUGUAUGCAGACAUCUUUAAAUUGGAUUAUUCAUUCAUAAAGAACAAAGUGGAAUGGUUAAAGGAAUUCUUAUUCUUUCUGUGAAAGAAAAAUGUUGCCUGCUUUCAGUUUAAUGGUGGUUUCUGUUACAGAGAGAAUAUUUUUUGCUAACUAUAGUGCAAAUACAGACACCCAAACCACAAUGUGCUCUAUUGCUACAAUAGACAUGUUAUAAACUAGACUAUGCAGUGGUGACCUAUUGUUUAUUUUCAUGAAUCUGAUGAUUAUCCCACUCAACAUGGGUGGUCGGAGGAGGGGGAGGAUAAUAUAUGCAUCUCAUCAGUUAUAUUGAAGCUAAAAUGUAUUGACAACUUUUGGGAUUGGGGGAAUUUUUUAUUUUAUUUUUUGGUUUGGCUCAUCAUUUCUAUUUCUAUUUAU